AUCCACCAACCUCAACCCUGGCAUCUCAAGUGUCCUGGUUAGUCUUUUGCCCUGGGACUACAAACCAGCUCUCUUGUAAUGGUGAACUACUGGGCAGAAGGAGAACCAGGAGAAAAAGGGCCGUUGGAUCCUCCAGGCCUUGAACACAAGUCAGAGAAGCUAUCUCACCAAAGAACUGUCAAGAAUGCCAUCUUUGUAUGCAGAUGGAAGGACAGAUUCAUCCCCAAAGCAGAAAAGAAGGAAAGUUCCAGGUUCUUGUUUCCCUUCACCCUCACCCCUCAGUAACCUGCCUUUCUGGAAGAUGUUUGGGUCUCUUUUUCCCCUGUCCCCCCAUCCAAAGCUCUCUUGCUCUUUUCUCUUUUGUCCUUGUCUCUGUCCAUUUCUCAUUCCCCAUCUUGAUCUUGAGUUGAAAGUGUGAGCUGAGCCUCAGAGAUCCCUGGUCCCACACCUCUGAAGACAGUACACAACAUCAAGGUCUUUUGCUUUCAUAGGUCCACAGCACUCUGUUCUGAUGACAUCUGAGCACUGAGUGGCCUUUACCUCUUCCUUGGCUUAGAGUUCUCUCAGGGCAGGGGCAGGGUCUUAUAUGUAUGUCCAAUGCCCUGCACAGGAAAAUCAAAAGGAACCCAGCUCUCCUCCUUCCAUUUGUGUCCCCACCCUACUUCAGGUAGUUGGAGGAUGACAGGCAGGUGACUCCCAGGGUGACUCUCAGAUAUGUCAUGGGCAGCAGAAGGUGAAGGUUUGAUUGAUGGGGCAGCAUCUUCCCAGUGUUGGAGACUCUACUGGCCUCAUCCUGCCAUCCCCUCAGCAGCCCUCUGAAAAGGAGGGGAUGCUCCAUCAGCCAGUCCCAAAGCCUGACGUGGGGCUAGAAGGAAGUGAAGCGUCAGAUCACAUGCCUUCCUCACUGGUUCUGGCUGCAGUUCAGCUUCUCCCUAGCGUCCCUCUUCCCCCUCCUGACCCUGGCCUGCAAUCCCUGUUCUGCUGCUUCCAACGUUCAUUCUGCCCCAAGGAUGGCUCUGCAGGAUGUGUGCAACUGGCAGGCCCUUGAUACCCAAGGACUAUCACCUCACCUGCCUCAGGCUGGUGGCUGGGCCAUGCCACCGGGCUGCGAUCCUCAAACCUUCCUGCAGAUCCAUGGCCCCAAGCUGGCCCAUGGCACCACCACCCUGGCCUUCCGUUUCUGUCAUGGAGUCAUUGCUGCAGCUGACACGCGCUCUUCCUGUAACAACUACAUGGCUUGUCCAGCCUCACGCAAAGUCAUUCCUGUGCACCAGCACCACCUGGGCACCACCUCUGGCACCUCUGCCGACUGCGUCACUUGGUACCGGGUGCUACAGCGGGAGCUGCGGCUGCGGGCACUGAGGGAGGGUCAACUGCCCAGUGUGGCUAGCGCUGCCAAACUCUUGUCAGCCAUGAUGUCCCGCUACCGUGGGCUGGAUCUAUGUGUGGCCACUGCCCUGUGUGGUUGGGACCGCUCAGGCCCUGCCCUCUUCUACGUCUACAGCGACGGCACUCGCCUGCAGGGGGACAUCUUCUCGGUGGGCUCUGGAUCUCCAUAUGCCUAUGGUGUGCUAGACCGAGGCUACCGCUAUGACAUGACCACCCAGGAAGCCUACACUCUGGCUCGCUGUGCAGUGGCCCAUGCCACCCGCCGUGAUGCCUAUUCUGGGGGUUCUGUGGACCUUUUCCACGUGCGGGAGAGUGGAUGGGAGUACGUGUCUCGUGAGGAUGCCUGUGUGCUGUACACGGAGCUGCAAGAGCCCUCGAAGGAGGGAGAGGAGGCCGGUAAGGCGCCAUCCUGAGCCUGCCACUCUCCACAGAGCUGGGCCAGGUGGAGAACUCUCUGCGUGGGCCACGGGAGGCAGCACCAGACUCCAGGAUGCCGGCAGAGACGGAGAGGCUGUGAGAAGUGGCAGGACUUGGGGGAGGGCCACCUAGGCCCAGGGAGUGGGUGGGAGGAUGGCUCUGCAGAGGGAGAACCCCCUAGGCACAGCAUCACAGCAUCUGGCUCAGGCCCUUGCAGGUGGUUGGCUUCAU